GGAAGUAAAGCUUUGAUGGCGAUUUCGUUAGGGAAAGUCUAGUUUCUGUCAACGGAAAGAGGAUAUCUGCAAACUUGACGUUGAGAGACUCCACACAAUGGUGGCCGCGGAUGGACUACUUUCUACGUAGAUGCUACUGUGAUUAGCUGGUACGGAUGAGGAAUCACUUCCCACGAUCAACUAAAAAUACAUCCUCAUGCCCUGGUCCAAGUCAAUACUGAGAUGUGAUGUCGUUGUCACAAUGUAAUACUACAUCGGCAACAACUGUAACGACCCACGACAGCACUGAUGGAGGCUUCGCAGUUUGAUGCCUUGGAUUGGGCUGGCCCCAGAACUGUCCUGGUACCAAGAACAGAUCAGGGAUUUGGAUUUACUCUGAGGCAUUUUAUUGUAUACCCACCGGAACUAACAGAUGACAGUUCACAGGGAGAGGACUUGGAACACAAUGGCAGUGAAAAGAGAAGUAAACGGAGCAAGUUGGCCAGCUUGGAGCCGAUGGACACCAUCUUUGUCAAGAAUGUGAAAGAAGAAAGCCCCGCACAUGUCGCUGGUCUUAAGACAGGAGACCGUAUUGUGUCCGUCAACGGAGAAUCUGUCACCGGAAAGUCCUACUCCCAAGUCAUCUCUCUCAUACAGUCCAGCGAUGCAGCUUUGAAACUUCUAGUUGUGCCCAAAGAUGAAGACAUUCUACAAUUGGCUUACCACCCGCAGGCUCAGGAUUCCAUCAGUGGAAGUAACGGCUCCUUAGACUCCGACCGCCAAGCUACUGCCCCUAUCCGAAGAGCCCAUUCUGCUUAUGCUUCUAACGAAAAUGUAUUGUUACCUGAAUCGCGCCAAGAAUCCCGACUGUCCUUCACAGUCAAGGACCACCGAAACAAGGACUACUACACAGAUCGGUCACGAGAGUUCGGUCCUUACCCCUUGAAAACUUCUGAGUCCUUCGGUUCAGCUUUGUCGUCUUACAAGGAACCCUUGAGGAGUGAUAACAGCUACAAUAGGGAAGCGUUUUUCCGGGAUUCUGAUUUUGAUUAUCGGAAUCCACAUGGUUUUGACGGAGUCAGCAUGAGCUCAAGUGUGUCGUGUUCAAUUCCACAGAAGAAAUAUUCCUUUGGACUCUACUUCCCUCCCCAAACAGGAGAUAACAAAUCGAACAGCAUGGAUGGUUUAAACAAGGGGAGUAAUCGAUAUUCUAAGGAAAAUAUUCGGGACACUAGUUCCGAGUUGCGUCCACGUAGGUUAGGAUAUGAACACAGACAGCCAUCGUUUGAUAACACAUCAGACAAUUCACAGUCCAAGGAAUCACUUUUACGUUCACAAGAAAGAUUAGGAAUAGACUCAAAACCACCUCCAUAUUCACCAAGUGGUUCGAAAGUUUUAAAAUCGGGAGAUUCCACGUCCAUUAUCAUAUCACGCUCCCACACAACAUCAUCAUUAUCAUCACCUGCAUCCAACAUGACGUCACAGUCGCCGUACCGCAGCCAACUUUCCAGUCGACGUGGAAGUGAUGUUGACUAUAAAACAGAUGUUCGGGGAGUCCGACAUUAUGUUCCAGUUGUGUCGGCUAAUCCGCUUGAGAAAGGCACGAAAUCUUCCAGUGUUGAUAACAUCGAUUCAAGGUUAAGUCGGUUCCAGACACAGCGCUCAUGGCAUACCGACAGCAACCGAUACCAUGAUCAAACCAAUCCGGAAAGUCCAAUGAGGACGUUUGUGGUUCGGAUUCCAGUUGGGGAGAGAUCAUUGGGGGGUGAUGGAACUGACGGUGGGGGGAAGGGAUCGGGGACAACAUUCGCCUUGACACGAUCCCCUGUAACAACGCAAAUAGAAAUUAAGAAGACUCCAAGACAGAUUGUCUCCCAUAGGAAACAACUCUUUGAGUUAGGUAAGAACGAAAACCACAGUCCAGGUGUCAAGUUCGAUAGGUGUAAAACUGAACUUGAAAAAAUGACAACUUUCAAAAAGUUCGAAAGUGUUGCAAAUCGCGCUGCAGUUUUUGAACAAAAACAAGAAUCCCCUGAACCUGAGGUUCCAAGCAACUCUGCUCCGGUUCAGCCUGCUAUCAAAGUCCGGAAAAUUUCAACGGAACGUUACAUCCCACCCAAAUUGUCUAACGAUACCCGACCGUCCUGCCACAUUGGCGAGCUAUCAGGAAGCGCGCCAGCACCAAUACGGAUAUAUGUAUCUCCUGGCAGUUCUAGUGCUCCAGUGUCUCCCAUUGUGGAGAUUGUGCCUGUGUUCCAGGAGGGUCAACCGGCACCCAAGAUGACCACAAGCUUGACCCAUGACCCCAAGACUAGACAGUCUUUCAACCAUGAGGAAAGUACAGAGGAAGAGCUGUACCCCCAGGCUCGUAUUGUGCAGGAGAACAUCCAUGGAAGUCGUCCUGUACGGAAAACAUCGUAUCUCUCGGCUGUGAACGCCCCACGCAGUCGAUAUUCCCAUGAUGCAUCAGAUGAUGACGAAGAUGAUGUUGAUGGCGACGACACGCUGGACAAUCUGGAAAGUCCCUCGAGUAUCCCCGAGCCCCUGGGUUCGACCACUAGCCUAGGUUCCAGUGCAGGCAGCGUCAGUUUAUUCUCCUCGUAUAGCAAUGUCCCUUCAGUCAUGUCCUCCAGUGAUGGUGGGGUCAUGCUGUCUCGGAUGGAUGCCGUCUCAACAUCCGGCUCAACAUUCCUCGGAAGCUCCAUGGAUACAGUCAUCUCUGAGCCAGGAGUACAGAUGAGGUCCAAGACCAUAGCAUCUCCAGAGGAGGAGGCGGUUAAGCUCCAUAGGCGGACAUCUUACCUAAUGGCAACUGGAGAUCGCUCCAACCAGAAGCCCUAUGAACAGUCCUUCUCUCCACCAGCCUCUAUUCCCGAGGGACAGCUGGCUACUCCCCCACACAAACCUAGCUUGAACAAGAUCAAACACUUCUUUGGUGAAAAGACUCCAUGUAUCAUCGAGGCAAUGGAGCCGAAGAUAGAGAUGCCAGAAUCUCCGCUCGCAGACAUCGUGAAAGAGGGAUGGCUGACUUGUAAAACCACCAUCACUGAUGGAAAGAAAUCGAGCGACCGAUCAUGGAAGGAAGUCUGGGUCGUGCUGCGAGGUCAUUGUUUGUUCUUGUUCAAAGAAAGAAAAGAGACCCAGAGUACAUUCAACUUUGACGAUGAGAAGCCAAUUUCCAUCAAGUCCAGUUUGGUGGACAUUAAACACGAGUAUGCCAAACGGAAGAAGCACGUGUUUCAGCUCGUCACGUACAAUGGAUCCGAGUACCUCUUCCAGGCCGAUGACAAGGGUACCAUGUUGCUAUGGAUACAAGCAAUCAAAACCAACAACAACCCAGAUUGCGAUGUAAGAAAGAGACGUGAUGAAGGAAUUGGUAACGCCGACCUGAUCCGCCGCAAAUCUUCCCAGGCGGAACUGACGGUCAAGACGUCCCCCACCGCAGCGCACAAGCCCAGCAAGAAACAUAGUGCUCUGUCCCUCAAGAAAGCCGCUUCUCCCAGUGUCAAACGGAAGAAGACAGGAAGUGAGAAAGACACCAAGUCGAGAGGGUGGAAGGAACGCAUCAUGCCAAGCUUCAAGAAACACCACGAGAACAACAGUUCCACCGCCCUGUCUGAGAUGGAUGAGGAAUGUAUGAAAACAGCAGCCUUUGGAGUGUCCCUCGACCAGUGUAUGCCAUCGCCGCACAUCGAGUAUGUACCCCUGAUUGUGGAGUUAUGUACCCGUAUCGUGGAGGCUCGAGGUCUGGAGGUUGUCGGCGUGUACCGGGUGCCAGGCAACUCAGUUGCUGUACAGAACAUGCAAGAGGAGCUCAACAAGGGAAUUGAAAAUGUGAAUAUUGACAACGAGAAAUGGUUGGAUGUGAAUGUGAUCAGCUCGCUACUGAAAGCAUUCUUCAGAAAGCUGCCUGAACCCCUCGUCACGAACAAAUGUUAUGGGAGUUUCAUCGAGGCUAAUCGUAUUUCGGACCCGGAGAAGCGGAUGCUAAAACUGAAGAGGCGACUCCACACUCUUCCCGAGCAUCAUUUCGAGACAUUCAAGAGGAUGGCAGAGCAUCUGAACCGGGUCGCAGCCUUUGGACACAUCAACAAGAUGAAUGCCAAAAACCUUGCCACAAUGUUUGGUCCCACCUUGAUUCGUAAAUCUGAGGAUGACACCAUCUCCAUGGUGACAGACAUGUCUGAUCAGUGUCACAUCGUUGAGAGCAUCAUCAUUCAUUUUGACUGGUUCUUCAGUUCCUGGGAGGAUGAUCACACUGUCCCUUCUGAGGAGGUCUGCGAAACCCCGGUCACCUCCGACAUCCGAGUCAUGCGGGACGAUGAUGAGGACCUUGAUUCUGUGAUCAACACCCGUGAGAUCGUCUCCUCUAUCAUCAGUGCUGCACACAAGAAACUCCACAGCAAACAAAACCAGAAGAGCAUGGACUCACUCGACUUUGACGAGUCCUUCAAUGAACGUGAUAUCGACCUUGAAAUUAGUCGGAAGGCAAGUAGUGCCACCAAGAUGAGCAAGUCACAAUCCACGAUCAGCUCCGUUCCAUCGUCUCGCAGUAUUUCUGAGGAAUUCCUUGAUCGCAAACUCUCCUCCUCGACUAUGAAGUCACUUCCGCAAUCAACAGUUGAUGAGACAGAUUCGCUGGAUUUUGACUGCAUGGACAGCAAGUCUGAGUUUAAACCACAAUCAAAGUCUUUCAAUGUGAGCACAUUUUCCCGGCAUUAUUCUGAUGAAUCCUUGCUUGAUAGGAAUGAUGAACUGGAGAUGUCGCAUGGUAUGAGCAGUACAUGGAGUUUGAGUCGAGAUACACUUGACCGAUUGAAGCGUAUCGAGUACGAGGCUCGUGCACUUCGUGAACGCGAAGAACAGCGUCAGAGAGACAUGGAAAAAUGUCGUCGUGAGCAACAGCGGAUUGAACAGGAGUAUCAGACGAAGAAAGAGAUGGAGAUGGAAGAGACUCAUAGUGUCGAAGAUUUGUUGAACUGGAGACCAGACUAUUCACAUAGACUCCAGGAUACAUCUGAGUAUACAGGGAGUGAUAACCGCGGAUCAGUCGGGGCAAGUCACAGACAUUAUCCUUCCACGGACUCAUCUCAGUCCGGGGGUCAUUCUGACGGGAAGGUCCAGUUAAGGAGACCAGACUCACAACACGACAGGGGUCAUGGCGGGAAGUAUUUUGUCAGUAUCGGGAACACUCGGGGAAGGUCAAGGGAAAGGAGUGGUGGUCGGGUAACCCAGGGCAGUCUGGACUCCCUGGCUCCCCGCUUCUCCCGAGCUGGUUCCUUGGAGAAUAUAUUAGACAGUCACGGACACAUCCAUCCACCACAGUCUCAUGUCCGUGGGCCGAGCUAUCGGCAGAGGGAUGGACGAAGAGAUUCUAGGCAUGAUGGUGAGAAGAAGAGACCACAUGGGACCUGAGUCCGAGGAGGGUCUGUACGACAUGGGUCACUCGACUCGUUGAUUGAUUUGUAUGAUAAACAGGACAAUCGUGGUUCGUGGGCAUCGUCUGAUUCGGAAGAUGGAUCGGAUCUACUCACAAGUCUGACUACGACCUUUGAUCAGAAGUUGCAAAUUCUUUUGAAUCCUAAGUAUAAACUAAGUGGAAACAGGAGGGCAGGACACAGGGUUGAGGACGUGAGUUGUGCUAGUAAUGUGGAGGAGGCUGUAGAGGACAAGGACAAUGAUGUGGAGAAGACUGUGGAGGUUGUCCCCCACAAGAACACUCCAGUGGUCCUCCCACAACACGGGGUGCCCGGAAUUGGGGAUUUUUCUCGGGACAGACCUUUCCGGGACCCAAGUCUCCACAGGUCCUCAAAAUCUGAAACUAAAAUUGGUAUUGCAUCUCGCUUUGAGCGAGGGAGUCAAGUCACACCGCCUCAAUCCACCGCAACAGUUCUUCCAGUAACUGGGAGUCCACAGUCGUUGCAGAACCGCAAGUCUACUCAGGAACUAAAAGCCUUUCCAUUUAAGUUCACAGGUAAGCCUGUGAAUGAAACGGGUGCUACAGUGACGGUGACAUCUCCACCGACGUUGACCCAACCAAAGAAACUGGAAACGAAACCUGUGAGUAAAUCUGAUUUUAGACCCAUCUCUAAGUCAGAAAAGACUGAAGUUAAUUCCACACUGGCCAAGUUGAGCCGGGAAGAGAAAUAUUUCAGUAGCAGAGAUGCUGUUAAGUCAGCUGUGUUUUCUAAACCUGCUUGCAGAUCCGAGUCCCCAGUAGGUGACAAGAAGCGCACAAAACGGUCAAAGCGACGUCACACUGUGGGAGGCACUAAUGACUUGGAGCAUUUCAAGGCUUUGAUUUCUGUGACAAGUGGAAAAGAGGCUGAAACGGAACCUAAAGUAUCAGCUUGGGAACAGUUGCAGCCAGUUGUCAAGGAAACAGCAGUGCCAGAGAACAGGUCUUUGUUGUCAUGGAUACAGUCUGAAAGACUUCGUGGAAGUACACCAGAUUUGACAUCAGAGUCCAAACAUUAGAUGUUACCAUGGUUGCAGAAUGUGAGAAAGUUGUUACCGAAACAGUGUGCAAGUUGCAAUUUUGUUUGUGCAUUUAGUACGAGAACUGAAUUAGUUGAAAAUGGGACUGCAAUGUUGAUGGGUUCCUGUUGUUGUUGACAAACUGUAAAAACGUGGAGUGCUUAUUGAAGUUGAUUGGAAACUGCCAUUUGUGUACAUUUUCAUCUGUGGUGAAUGCUUCUAAAACUUUUGCAAGGUUUACCAUGAAUAUUGUUGUGGUGGUCAAGUUGUUGAGGUUAAUAUUUUUUCGAAUGUACAAAAUGAUACUAGAAUAUGAUCCCAUCAUUUUUAAUACAAUACACAGGCUCAAUCAUUUGUUACAUAUUUUGCAUUAAAAAAUAAGGAAAUUUAAUUCUUAAAUCUAUUUUACAAUUAACACUACCAACUGUGUCAUUCAGACCAAUCCAAAUAUUCAUAUACCUUAUUAUUCACAAGUUUCAUUCCGAAAUAUGUGAAGGUUGAUAUUUAAUUAGAAAUAUCACUUAAUUUGCUUACUGUAUUACAUUUAAUAAGUGCUAAUGUGUCUUUAAUUAUUAUCCUUAUCUUGAAAAUCCUUGAAAGUGAUUUUUCAUUGUCCAAUUAAUUAUGUUUUUUUCCCGAUACUUUGUAUUAUUUUAUGUAUUUGUAUUUUGUUUUCAUUUUAUUCACCCAACAUGAAAAGGAACUUUUGAUGCAAUAUUAGGUUCUAGACUGACAAAAUUGGUAUUUUGCAAUAUCGACGAUGGACUGUUUUUCUUGUGCGUGAAAGUUUGGACUUGUAUAGAAUUUUAGUGAUACAUUAUUGAUUUUAUGAGCAGGUCUCAGUUAACUUUUAAUCCUUUUUUAUAUUUUGCAAACUCUUUUUGGACAAUUUACCUAUUAUUGAAAAUUAAAUUAAUAAGACAGUUGAAAAUAUAACAUUUUUAAAAUGAAAAAUAUAGUGCUGUUUUUUCACAUUCAAUAUUUGACUUCACUGUUAUAUAUAACAUGUGGUAUGUUCUUUGAAAAGGGUUAGGUAGAAAUAGAUAAAUAUUACCAGUUAAAUUGUUAAGAACUUUAUACUCAUUAGAUUAAAAAAUAGGUGAAAAGUGUCUGGAAAAUAUAGUAUUGAAGUUCAUAUGUUAUAUCAAGUUGAUACUGAUAAGUUUACUAGGAGGGAAAGUUAUGUACUGUGUUGCCAUAUUGGUGAUAUUAUUGAGAACUGCUUUCGUUAUCAUGUUAUUCACAAGAGCUUUACUGUAGAAUUUGGCUGAAAAUGAUUAGAAUCAUGUAUAGGUCUGUUUGAAGAUUAUCCGGAAAGAUUAUUUUUUCUUGUUUUACAGAUGAGAGUGCAUUUUUGCAAACAACAUCCAAAAAUGAAUUAUGUAUUUAAAUUACCUACAUGUUAAAUAUACUUUUUGUUAAAUUUAAAAUCAUGAGUUCAUUUUAGAUAUGUUAAAAUCAACAUUAGAUUUCUUAUUGUUCCUGGUUAUUUCAAACGCAUUUACCAAGAAAAUCCAUAAUAAAAAAAUAUAAUUGACCUGGCAUUUCUGGGUAUGUUCAUUUUUGAGGUGUGUGAAAAUGUAUCUUGCUUGUGACACUUCGUCAUUAAUGAGCCCUCAUAACUGAUAACACUUAUCACCAAAUUCAACAGAUACAUUAAGGUUUACAGUCACUGAAGUAGAAAAUAUUUUACUGUCCUUCAAGUAAUUGCUGUAUAAUUCUGUUUAGCAGUUUCAGCCUCUAAAAGUUUUUGGGGCGGUGGGGUAGCCUAGUGGUUAAAGCAUUCGCUCGUCAUGCCGAGGACCUGGGUUCGAUUCCCCACAUGGGUACAAUGUGUGAAGCCCAUUUCUGGUGUUCCCUGCCGUGAUAUUGCUGGAAUAUUGCUAAAAUCGGCGUAAAAACAUACUCACUCACUCACUCUAAAAGUUUGUUCUUUAGGCAAAACUCAUAGACAAACAUCAGAUUUUAUUUUGUGAUAGAGAAACUAAAUAUGGUAAGCAGAUUUUUGACACAUUUUUUUCUUUUUUUGUGUGUGUUUUAAAACUUUGUUUUUAUAUCUUUGUUCUGUUUCUUUGAUAUGCAUGGUUUUCCUUCUCAAUAACAAACAACAAAUUACUUUGACAUCUCUCAGAAUACUGCAAUAAAUGGACAUAUUAAGCAUUUUUGAAGGUUAGUAUUGUUAACAGUUUGAUUAAGACCUGAUAAUGGACACAAGUACGAUAAUCAAAUAAACUAAAAAUAAAUAUGUGAUAAUUCUUAAGUGUAUAUGUAUCUUCUUGCCUUUUAAUGUCUGUGUCUUCCUGUUUUUAUCAAUUGCUCUCUGAAAACUCUACCCUCUUGUUCAGUAUUAUGUAAUUAUUUUCAGAAUAUUUCAUUAACUUUCCUCAUGCUGAUGUGUAGAUUCCUGCUCAUAUUGAAAUGGUAACUUAACGUUCUACAUUGUAACACUAUGCAGUAUUCUGGUUUAUCAGACAAGUACAGUAAAGGAGAAUCAGCAGCUUUCAUGCCUCAGUCUUUGUCAUUUUCACUCAUCUCAGUGGACACUUUCUCAUUUCCCAUGUUACUGAUAAUAUAGAAAGUACCUGUUUAUAUAUUAGUAUGUGAAGGGUUUCUUGGAAAAGUGUUUGUAUGUCCUGUAGGAAAAGAGAAUGUAAUGCUGAAAAAAUUAACCAGGUUCCAUUACUGAGAACUUGAUUUUACAUGCCAAGGGUAAAUCCUAAAAUAUUUGCUUGACCAAAUCAUAUUAAAUCUUGAGUUGGUUAACUUCAGUUAGCUUCCUUCAUUUGAAUGAAUCAGUGACCAGUGCAAGGAGCGACAGUCACACCAGUGCAAGGAGUGACAGUCACACCACUGCAAGGAUUGACACAUUAAGGUUAUAUUUUGUAGGGCUGUAAUGAUGAGUUUACAUGGAAAAAGGGAUAAGGCAGGGGUGACAUCUUGGCCCUAUUGAUUUGACUGAAUGUUACAAAGACAGGGGCAUUACAAUCUUCAGUGAACCUGUUCCAUUCUGUGUGUAUAUUUUUGCAACAUACAUGUAAAUAUAAGGACAGUGGAUGUGUUGAUGAAGAAAACCUACUGUAUAAUGAUGCUUUAAUCUUGUUAGCAACUGCGGAACGCUCAUAAAACGCCUGUAAUAAAUAACAUGUAAAUA